AUGAAUCAAAACAUACAUAAUAUCAGCACUGCAAACCCGCCCAAUUUGAAACUUGGUGGGUUUGUUGUCUUUUUAUUCAUAUUAUUUCAAAUAAUUACUCAGUCAUACUAUGGCAGUUCUUCUGUUGAGGUUGUGAAUGAUCAUUUCAGUUUCAGCAAUGAAGGUUCUCAUAUCUCUAAAAUUUUUAAUUUAGAUGCAAGUUUAUCAAUCCCAUUUUUAGAUAAAGUAAAUAGAUUUUGGCAUGUUGGUGGUGAAGCACUUAUUCGUAACGAAAAACAUAUCAGAUUAACUAGCGCUGGUGUUCGUAAUUCCCACGGUGUUGUGUUAUCUAAUGGUAUAGGUGACAACGUCAUCAAUGAUUUUGAGGUCAUUGUCGAGUUCCAGUUAACCGGGAAACAGUCUUCCAACAAAGGAACUUCUUCUUCCAAUAUGGGUGAAGGUAUGGUAUUUUUGAUCACUCCUGAGAACGAAUUUAUUAGAAAAGAUUUUUCAACUCCACAAUCUAGAGAAGAGUAUAUUUCUGCUUCAGGGGGUGUUGUUGGACAUGAUACUAGUAUGAUGGGUUUCCCUAAAAAUUUACCGGGUCUAGCAUUAGUUAUUGAUACAUUUCAGAAUAGUAAACGUUCAACUUCAGGAGCUUCUAUUCCAUUUAUGGAUGCUAUGUUAAAUGUCAAUCCACUCAAGGAUUAUUACGAUCGUGACAGUGAUGGUGAUGCGAGCACCUCGACUUCCUUGAAGUUAAAUGACCAUCAUAUCCAAUUGGAUGACUCAAUCAUGAAAGGCGAUAUUACUAAGAUACGUAUUAUAUAUUUGGAAAGUAUCAGUUUCUUAAAGGUCGAUAUUCAGUAUGCUAAAGAAGGUGACUUUUGGAUUGAGUUAUUCCAUGCCACCGAAGAUGUCUUAAUUCCAAAGAAUGCCCAAACCGGUCAAAGAUUCAUUGGUAUUGGUGCUAGUAACGGUAGAGCUACCGAAAAUGUUGACAUAUUAAAUGUGCAAACAAAUGAAUUCCAUUGGGAUAAUCACGAUGAAUCUAGUGAAGAAUCAUUUGAUUAUGUUAAAGAAGUUCAAAAAUAUUUAGCUGCCGAAUAUGGCCAAAUGAUCUCAAUGGAAAUGGAUCAGUACAAAAGAUGGAAAAUGAUCAAAGCCCAACCAAAUUAUCAAAGUACCAGAGAGGUUAAAACUGGUAGUUAUUUUGUUUCAUUUAUCCUAAGAUCCAUUUCAUUCAUAAUAUUGAUUACCGUAGCCUACAUGGCUUCCAUAUUUGUGAGAGUUAAUAUGAAGCAUAAACUCAAUGAUAUGAGACGUGGUCAAAAAAUAUUCGGUAAACUACCAGAAUAA